CGCUGAUUGACGCAAGUCUAGGCACUUCUACCGACAAAAUAGACGACAAGUCAGACACGAUCAAGUCUGAAGCUAGCCGAUCCCACUAACAAACAGGACUUGACUUGUUUAACGGCUAACAUCACGUCGCCAUGGACGAACGCGAGCCUCAAGAAGUCCCUACCAUCGAUGUACCACGAGCCCAAGUCUUUGACAGUCUACGUGGGAAGGUGGCCAUCGUGACUGGAGCUGCGACAGGGAUGGGGAGAGCGACUGCCGAGAUAUUUUCUGAAGCGGGUGCUCAAGUCGUCAUUGCCGAUAUCAACGACAAGCUCGGCCAACAAGUCGCCGACGGUAUCAACAAAGCGGGUGGUCAAGCUUUGUUCGUCAAGACCGAUGUGUCUGACUCUGCUUCCGUUAAGGCGCUCGUCGAGGCAACGGUCGCCAAAUUUGGGAAACUAGACGUCGCAGUCAACAAUGCCGCCCUCACCCCAGACAGAACGCCGACUGAGGAUUUCGACGAGGCAUAUUUCGACCGGGUUAUCGCUGUCAAUCUUAAAGGGCCUGCACUAUGUAUGAAAUGGGAAUUGCAGCAGAUGAUCAAGCAGGGUCAUGGAGGGUCCAUUAUCAACAUCGCCUCUAUCAAUGCGUUCAAACCCCAGUUCAACAUGCCCGCGUACACUGCGAGCAAACAUGCUGUAGUGGGUCUGACCAAGUCCGCGGCGCUGGAGAAUGGGCAUCGAGGCAUCAGAGUCAACACCAUUGCCCCAGGGGCAAUUCUGACCGAGAUGUCCGUAGCCAGUCUCAAAACCAUUGGAACGACUCAUGAAGCUUUCCGUGAUGUUGCCUUUCUGAAGCGUUGGGCGGCGCCUCAUGAGGUUGCUCAAGGUUCCUUGUGGCUCGCGUCGGAUGCCGCAUCUUAUGUGACGGGUAUCACUCUUCCGGUUUGUGGAGGCUACUCGGCGCAUUGAAAGGGUUGUGUCAAGCAGAGCGAUAAUUCGGUUUUGGGAGAUGGUAACAGAGGAGAAUCUUGUAGCUCUCUUUGCAUAUUUCUGUAUUGUUCUCACAACCAUAAGUAGAGACCAUGCUCAGUUCGGCCAAUGCAUAUCAGCGU